GUAUCAGUGUGCUAUGUACUCUAUGCUAGUGCCAGUGUGUGUCAACCAACCAAUGCUGCUUCAUGCCUACGUUAGAACUUUGGUGACAUUGAUGAACUGAAACUCUUUAUUCAUGCUACUGCUUCUGUUGCUGAGUGUUUAUAUUCUGCCGAAUGUCUACACAAAGCCUGUUCAUCCCCUCAACCCUGUGGAACAACCCUCGGAAUGCUACAUCUUACCUCCGUCACCCCCCAAGGUGUACCACUGGACCCCAGAGAGCCCCGUCAACCUGUGGGAGCUGUCAGGGAGGUUCCAGGGAGACUUGGUGAGUCACCAGGUGGUGUCCCGGGGGGAGCGAUGUGUCCUCAAGCAAGGUGUUGACUACUGGCCUGAGGCCGUCGUCCCUGUGUCCAUCGGCCCUGGGUUCGGAUUUAAAGAUAUGAACAUUCUGAAGAAAGCUUUGCGGAUAAUCGAGGAUAAGACGUGUAUUCGCUUCCCACCUCGACAAGAGAACCACACGUCCUAUGUGGAGCUGAAGGGAGACUUGGGCUAUGGUGAGUGCUGGUCCUAUCUUGGGAGGAUCAGUGGCAACCAGACCCUCAGCUUAGGGGAAGGGUGUGUCAAUCUUCACCACGCCCUGCAUGAGAUCUGCCACGCUCUAGGUCUGGUGCAUCAACACAGCUCUCCUGACAGAGACGACUACAUCAACAUCCACUGGGAGAACAUAGACCCAGAUUUCGUAGAAUGGUUCGACAAGUACACCUGGGACGAGUAUACGGACUUCGGUCUAGGCUACGACUACUACAGUGUCAUGCAUUACAGUGCCUACAUCGCGUCCAGCAACGGCAAACCGACUCUGUCCGCAAAGGACCCGGACGUGAAGAUAGAACCACGCACGACGUUGAGUGAAAAGGAUGUGCAGAAGCUGAACAUGAUGUACUGCAGCGACGGCGCGUACGCUAGACAGUUCAACUACAGGACGUUUGGAGGCUAUGUCGUGGACCUGGUGGAUGACUUGUCGCCCUUCACACGUCACAUGAUCAUUCUGCUGACCGCCAUCUGGCUCCUUCUGGUGACGUCACUGGCAGGCAACUGGCUGUUCUCCAGACUUCUUGUCAGGAAGACUGUCCCAGACACAGACAACCCAGAAGACGGGGGAGAUCCGGAAGAUGGGAUGGGAAAAAAUAUUUUCUUGGAAAAAGAAGUCAUAUUGGAACAGGUGUUGACCAAACCAGAUACAAAAAAGAUUUUGAGGUUAGUGGAAUGUGAGAAGGUAAAUGAGUCAUCUAAUAGGAUGUCAAUGGGAAAGGAAAUGGAAGAGUCGCAGGGUCAGGAGUUGACAAAUACCAAAAUAAGGAAUGAUAUAGCCAAGGAUGUAAAGGUGCCAAGAAAUGAAGGGGAUGCAAAUAUCGAAGACCAGAGGGUUCCGGAAGAAGUGAUGAGGGAAAACGUAUAUCAUGCUGAAGAGACGGUAAAUAGCGAAAUAAAAACCAAGGGGAAAGAUAUACUCAAUGACGUAAUGCUGCUCAAGGAGAAGGAAAAUGAAAAAUGUAAGGGAGAAGGAGACACUGUAAGAAAUAUAGAUAACACUGGUGCGACUAAAGGAACAAGCGAGGAGAAAAGAAACAAUAACGAAGAGAAGAUGAAGAAUGAGAGUAUGAUCAACGAAAUUCAGAUUGACUGUGAGAAAGUGGUUACAAAUGUUGUGGAAAGUAACAGGAACAAUGAAAUUGAUAAUGAUAAUGUGGAUAAGGAGAAGACCAAUAAUGAAAUUACCAUCAAAAAAGAAACGAAGAUGGAUGAGGUGGUGAAGAUGGAAAUCCUCAAAGCGAUUCAGAUGGACAAUGAGGACGUGACAAUGAAUUUGAUUAACAGGGCUGAGGAGGUGGAUAUCAACAGGGACAAGAUAGUCGAGAGUAAGAAAAGUACCCAAAAACAUAAGAUUAACCAGGAGGAAGUUAGGAGUGUUGAGAGCAAAGGUAUUCAAAUUGAUAAUGGGGAAGUAGUAAAACAUGCUUUGGAAGGGACUAGUAGGGAGGAUAUUAAAAUGGAGGAUGGAGCCAAGUAUGAGAAAACGUUGAUGGAUAUGGUGAAGAGCAAGAAAGAUAAUAUUGAUGAGGAGGAUGUGAGGGGCAAGUACGGCAAUAUGGAGACGCUGAUUAACCUGGAGGAAGUAGUAACAAAUAAGGGAGAUACAUCAAUCAGGGAAAGUGUACGAGAAAUGUGGGAAGGGUCUGAGGAGGAAGUAAUGACGAAAAUAAAUGAAGAAGAAACCACCCAGAUAGAAAAGAUUGUAGUAAAGGAGAAUAUUGAGGAAAAUGAUAAGAUGUCAGGGGAGGAGGAAGUGAAAAUUGAAAUUGUUAUAAAGGAAGAUGAGACUUUCAAGGCAGAAAGAGGAGAGGAAAAGACAACCGAGGACCUGGAAAUGGUUAUAGCAAAAGAGGAUGAAAAGGCUAAGGAAGACGAUAUAAUGAUGAGGUAUGGAGGUAGGAUGAGAGAGAGUAAAAAAUCUACAAAGGGAGGUUCAAUAAAAAAGAACGACCGGGCCAAGAAGAUACUAAUUGAAAGAGGGAGGGAGAAGACAAGAGACGAAGAUAGUACCAGAGAGGAACGAACAACCGAAAAUAAUAUAAAAAUAGGAAAGGGGGCAGGGUUAUUUGAGGAUAACAACAUGGCCGAGGAAAGUGAGGUAGAAAGGUGGAAUGAGGAUAAACCAAAAUACAAUGACAUAGUAAAGAAUAUUGGAGAUAAGACCAAGGAAGAACGAGACGCCAAAAAUAAAAUAUCAAAGAUGGUAGAGUUUUUUGAGGAUGGCGACAGGGCUAAGGCGAAAGAUAUAGAAAUAUGGGAGGAGGAAAAACCCAAAUAUAAUGAGAUAGUAAAGAAUAUGGGGACUACAAAUAAACAUCUGGAUGUUGAUGAUAAAGAGAUAACUAAUAUAAAUGAAGCCGUAAAACCCCACGAAUCUGGCAAAGAGGUUGGAACAAGAAAGGGAGGAGGAUCUAAGAAAACGGACUGUGAGAAUGUUGAUAAAGUGUCGGUAAAGCGGAAGGAUAGUACUAAAGAUGUAGAGAUUGGCACGGAAAAGUCGACGAACAAUGAAAAUGAUACAAGAACACCACGGAGAAGGAGGCAAAAAAGGAAAACCUAAAUUCGAAAUGUAAAAGUCAAUGGAAGAAGUGAAUGAAGAAAUAAAUCGAGCAAGUUAUGAUGUGUCGUUUAAAAGCAAAAUUAUAAACGACAGUUAAAAAUAUUUCAGUUCACAUAAUUUCAAAUUCUGUUAAGUAAGCUGGAGGUUAAUUUUUUACAGUCAUUGAGAUUAAAAAUAUACUUACUGUUGAAAGUAUUUCCAUAUCCAUACAGCCAAUUACACCACACACAAAUUAAUAUAAGGCAUAGAAAAAAAGUAAACGAAAGAACAUGUUAUUUGUAAUGAGACAUUUAUGUAUAGUGCAAGAUAUGGUAUGGUUAUACUGUUUAUAAUUUGUAAACCCACAAUAAAACACACGAGUUUACAUUUUACAGGUACAUACUUUUAAAACUGUUAUGUUCUGCUAAUUAAAUAUUUACUGAAGCAAAACUCUAACCAGAGUCGUAUUUAACCGUGAUAUUUUAUGUUUUUAAGUUGUUAUAUUUAUGUUUGUUAUCUGAUUUUUUAUUAUUUGUUUGAUCCAGGUAAUACUGAGUCUCUGUUGGAAAUUGAAGAUACAAGUUUAGUUUUAUCAGCUUUAACAGCUUUAACAGAAGCUUUUAUGAAUUUAUUUAAUAUCUUCCUUCAGUAGUAUUCAAUCCUGUUGAUAAUUAUAUUUGACAAUAUACGUUAAAAGAAAUAUUUUUA